GAACAGGUGUCACAUACAGAGAGCGUCCCGAGACGAGAUCAGAACCCUGAGCCGCUAACUGCAGCGAUGACAAGCGAGAUUUCAUAUUUGAAGACCAGUGCCACCAGAUUAUGGAGUUAUUGGGUCGCCGUUGUGGUGUGGCAACGACUGUGGUCAUGGUUACGACUAUUUGACGACGGUUGGGCGAAAUGACCAGCCCCCGUUUAUUUUUACACCGGAACAUUCUGUCAUCGUCGCACGGACAGGUUUCUCAUCACGACGAUUGGACUCAGGCUGUUGUGCGAAAUGACCAGCCCCAGGUUAUUUGUACACAGGUACGUUCUGUCAUCGUAGCACGGACAAGUUUGUGAUCGCAGUCUAUGGUCGACAUGGCAGAUUACUUCCCUUGCAAUGUUUGCUACUUCAGAGUUCACUCCCAUGGCUGCGUCGCCAGUUUCCUGGAGUUGACGUGCACACCUACAGAGAAAUGUUAGAAGACCACAAGACAUUAAGAAAUGAAGUAGUGUGGAUAAGCUGAUCUUAAAAAACGAUCACAAAUAUUGGAAGCAGACUACCGCCUUUACAUAUCUUCACCAGCAAGAGAAAGGCCAUAAAAAUGGAGUGUAUACUUUCUCUUUGAGGAUAUACCAGUCUUUCUGGUCCUUAACAUGCCAAAGCGUGCUAAGACCAGAGAUAGUAGUAGUCACCAUGAUAACUCACCCAUCUCAACUAAAAGGGUACGCUAUGUGCCCUUUGCACGAGGGUUUAAGCCACGAAACGAAAAUGCACGAAUGCGUGCAGCUGGCUACAAUAUGUUGAGAGACGUUCCUUUAGAGUAUUCUGUCGGUACUUACUGGAACCAGUCAUUAAGCAUGUUUCAAGAAUUCUUUAAUCCUGUUCCACAUCCAACUUGUCAAGAUGACUGGCUGGCCCAGUAUGAUGAAGAUGGUCAGACCUUCAAACAGUUUUUAGAAGAAAACCCAUGGCUUUCAAGCCGCAAAAUCAGAAACAUAAGACAGAAAUUUAAUAGUAAGGGAACAACCAUCUGUCAAAAGUACCCACAAGGCAAGGUAUACAUCCUGCAGCUAGGAAAGUUUGACCAGUGCAUUAAGUUUUCAGAUCUUGUGGAUUAUGCCAGCUGUUUUCUUUGUCUUCCUGUGAGUCCGUUACCUCCACUGGACCUUGAGGUCACAGAUGGCAAUGUCAUCUUGGUUGAUGAUUCGAUCAGCCGCAGCAAUAACAGACAGCAAAACCAUAUCAGACGCACCAAGCUGAAUGCUCGUUACAAUGCAAAAGCAGGACAUGUACAGUUGAGAGUAGACUCGGUGCUGAAGAUACUGCAGCAGCUGAUUCCAGCUGAUGCUUUAUGCUUGAUCGCCCUAACCACCCUGGAUUUGUAUGGUGAUGCUUCAGACCUUUUUGUGGCUGGCAUGGCAUCAGGAAACCAGCGAGUGGCAGUCUUCAGUCUGCUGCGGUAUGACCCAACUCUUGUCUUCUCCAAAGAGCACUGGUAUGACCUCCAAACAGCAUCGAAGCCAAUGCAGCUGGAAGCCAAAUCUUCCCUUCUUUUGCAGCGGUCCUGCAAGCUUGUGGUUCAUGAGGUUAUGCAUCUUCUGGGAGUUGACCACUGUAUCUUCUACACCUGCUGUAUGAAUGGCUCAGGGCAUCUGGCAGAAGAUUUUCACCAGCCCAUGCACCUGUGCCCUGUUGAUCUCCACAAAAUGCACAAGCUGGUGGGUUUUGACAUACGAGACCGUUACAAGAUGCUGCUGGAGUUUUACAAUAAACACAGUUUUAAGGAAGAGGCACAGUGGGUGCAAAAACGUCUUGAGUACUUGAGCAAAUAGUUGUUUGAACUUAAUUUUUGUGACUUUUGAUGCAUCACUGCAGAUACGUCUUCAGUUUUUAAACACAGUAUUAUUGGGUGUUUUAUUAUGAAACAUAUAUUUUGAAUUCUUCAAGAACUUGGUAUCAUGGAUUUUGUCAGCAUGAUUUAACUGAGUCACAUUAUUAUUGUGUGCAAUUAAUGCUGAACAUCUAUUUAUUCACUUUUGAAUAGGACAGUUGAGGUUAAUUUCUUGCAGAUUUAUGCAUUUUUGUACAGGGCUACUAUGUGUUAUACUAGAUUACUUUUAGUAUGAGUCACAUUCAGCCAAGAUACAGAAGAAAAAUGACUUCAGUUGUCCUGUAACCUAUAGAUUGGAACCUUUCAGAUCUCUCACAAGAUUGAUUAAGCAUUAAAAUAAUGUAGUCCAACUUAUUGCACACUCAUGAAGUUGAAGAUUAUUAUAGUGUUAUUAUAAUUAUUAUUUAUAUUGUAUAUUGUAACUUUAUUAUUGUUGUUUAUACUGUGUAUUGUAACUUUCCUGGUUACUGGUUAUCAACAGUCAUUACAUUUGCAGUCACUCAUUUGCUGAUGACACACAGUUGUAUGCCUCGUGCCAACCUCAUGUUGACAAUUGAAAGGCUGGAAUGAUGUUUCACAGAUGUUAAGUCUAGAUGACCAGUAACAAGUUUAAAGAUAAUUAGACAGAACUUUUGUUUUUUCAUCCAUGUUGUUGAAUUAUGUCAUGUCCCUUACAUCAUCAAUCAGAGCUGUAACUGUAAUAUCCCCUUCACAUCAUCUGCACAUCAUUUCUGAUGACACCCUAGACCACUGCAUCACUGAUAUUUGUCGUUUGGCUUGCACAGCUAUUCAUCAGUCAGUGCCUCAAACCAUAUUUUAAGAGAAUAAAAGAACUAGUUCACAAAACUUCUAUCCCCUUAAAAUAUGAUCUUAAAAUAUGACUUGAUGAAUAAGCUACAUAAUCAUGUCGUAUUUUAGUCCGCACACUUCACUGGCUGUUUGGUCAGGCUCAGGUUGAUGAGAUAUUUGAUAUGAUAGGACUUUAGCUGUGGCUGCUCUGCCUCAUGCUCACUGACUGAUUUUCAUAUAGAUGCCUUCCGUGGGAGCCCUUUUUGUCUUUUCGUCUGCCUAAAAUGUGCACCAAAUGGUGCAGUAAAUGAUCCUUCUCAUACACUGUACCUAAAAUGUGGAACUCGCUACCAUUGGGAACCAUUCAGUCAAUUCAAGGCUUCAGAUGGGCAUUGAUCCUCUUAACACUGCAUAUAAGUUUGUACAAAAACAAUGGCUAAUACCUCACAGACGACUGUUGGUGAUGUUUGUUUUUAUUAUUGCUUCUCUGAGGUAAAACAUAAGACCUAGAAACCGAUCCAUUUUUGGAAAGGAGAAAGCUUGAACUUUGCAAUAAAAAUAACGAAAAUUGCCUUCCCCGUGCUUUCCCGGCAAAGCCACAAUCAGGGCUCAUCUCGCUAUAAAGGGUUAAGGGCCUUGUUCUGGGAAUAUCUCCUGCAAUAACCCUGGAAAACACGGACAGCCUCACUAAUGCAGUGGUUUGGUACCACACACUCAUCAUCAUCGUCUAUGUUGCUGUUGUUGUUAUCUUAUUAGAUAAUCAGUUAUUUCACCCUUUAAUCGUUUUAUCAGACAUUCAUUUAACUGAGGCAGGUUAAUGGUGUUUCAUCUGAAAUAAGACUUUUAAUGACUUUUAUGUUUCAUUGCUUAAAACAUCAGCCUACUAUCAUAUUGAUAAUGUAUGUGUUGUAUAUGACGUGUCAUAGGGCAAUAAAUGUAUUAGUGCCUUUUAUUUUAAAGAAAAAAACACAGCUUUAUCUUACGUGCAAUGUCCAAAGUUUUUGUAUGUGUGUUUGUGUGGUCAUGCAUGUGUGCAUGUGCAGAGUGUUAGUUUUCUUUUAGCUGUCAAGUAAAGUGCGUGUAAAACUAACUUUGGAAAAUGGCAGGUGGUUGACAUGUGGUUUUACACCCUCCACAGACCACACCAGCACUUUCCUAACCCUGGAUGUAAGGGCCCUAGGAACAAUUUUCUCACUGCUGAAUUGCAUUUUGUUUUUUUUUGCUUCAUUCUGCCUUUCCCUUUCCAGUCUCUUUCUCCUCUCCGUUCUCUCCAUCCUCUCUGUGGAUGUGUAUGUGUGUGCAUGUAUGAAAGCAAAUAAUAGAAUGUACAUGGCAAAAGCUUAUGCACCAUGCUGAAUGUAUUAAAAUUUAUUAAUAAAUGUCAGGAAUAUUAAAAUGCUAAUCUGCUUAUUCAAGUUAUUAUCAAAUUCCAGUUUAAUUGUUUUUAAACUGCCAGCAUUAAUCUAUGUAUACUAACUUGUGAAUGCUGUGGUAAGGGAAGUGGUAUGCAAAGUGAAUACACAGCUCCAAACAUUCUGUUGAAAUGAGAAAGAGUUGUGACAGCUGAGACUGUCAAGAGUCUGUCCUCAUCCUUCACCAUAUUAUCUUUUUUUUUUUAAAGCCCUGGACUAUUCUUAAAUUCCUGAAUAAUGAGUUGUUAUUUCAUUUUAUAUAUUAUCGUAUACAAUACAUUCUGGACAGAGGCCAUUAUAUCCUGCAGGGUGAUGUUCAGGCGAUUGCUCAUUAUUACACAGAGUAGAGCAUGAAAAACCAGCCUGUCUGUAAUCACCUACCUCAAGCAUGUUUGAGAUGGGAUGGUUUUUGUGUGUGUGUGAGAGAGAGAGAGGAACUCUGCCCAGUUUAUUCCUGCCAGUAAAAAGAGAUCUAACCUUCAUUCACAAAAAGUUGUCCUAUUCAUAAGUUGCUGUGAUAUUCAGUUAGGAAGGAUACGUGAGACUGAGCACCCAUUAAAACUGAAGGCAGUAACCUAUGUUAUAGUUAGUCACACCUACUGUUAGUCACCACCCUCACCUCACCUCACCCAAUGUUUGUGUUGGACAGAUGAUGGCAAGAGGCCAAGUUAGGGACUAUUUAUAUACAUAAUGUGGUGAGUUAAGAUCCAGGGAGAGUGAACUGGAAGUGGUUCAACAUGUCAAGCGCAGGGCUUGUGGCAAGUAACUCCUUGCCCUCUCCUGUCACUUCUUGUUACCUCCCCUGAUAAAGCAGGAACCAACUGUAGUCUUGGCCUGGGGAUUAGUGUUUUUUAAUCACAGGCUUGAGUAGACAUUGAAUGUGCUGAAUGUAAGGCUACAGACCCUUCCCAAUACAAAGAUGGUGAAAUGCUGAAGAGUGCGUCGUGGAAUUAAGGAGUGUCUCUGUCUCAUACAGACACACUUAAUUCCUGAUAAAGAAGUGAAGUCUGGACCAUGUGUUCUCAGGAAUAUUUAACAAUUCUGUAUUUUCAUAACAUUUUUCACUAUAAUUUUUAAUUUGAUCAUUAUUUUUAGAAGAUUGUUCCUUUUCCCUGCAGUUUGAUGUGUUUGUAAUGUUACCAGAAGAUUCGGAUAUUGUGAAAUUAGAAAAUGAAAUGCAUAUUAGUGUUAUGUACAUUAUGUGCAUGACUAUAAAAGACCAAGCAAAUAUUGCUUUGGCUUAAUAUAUUGGUUUGUUUCCUAGCCAGUUUUUAUUUGUUCGUGCGUGUGUAAUGAAAAGCAGAAAUAUAUAGACAUGGCUUUCAUUUUAGCCAAGUCUUUUCACUUUC